CAAAUAACAGCAGAACACAAUAGAGUCCUCCUCCCUUCCUCUCCUUUUUUUUUUUUUUUUUUUUUUUUUUUUUUUUUUUGCUUCCAAACGCCUUAUUCGAGGCUGAAGCUGGGCAGGUCUCCAAAGGUGCAGCAGCCACAACAAUCCCUCAGUUCAAAGUUAAGCAGCAGUUGCACAACUUCCAGCAACUCUCUCAGCCGGCUGCUAAUGAGCUCAAAGCCAGGAACAUCUGAGGAGAGGAGCAGGAAGCUUCCAGCCUUCCUCCUUUCGCCCUAGACAUCCAGAUACCCCCACCCCCACCCCCAGAUCAUUUUGAGACAAGGUCCCUGUUAUUUGCUUGCCCGGCAGACCAUGGCUCCCUUUGGAAGAAACUUUCUAAAGACUCGGCAUAAAAACAGAUCUCCAACUAAAGACAUGGAUUCAGAAGAGAAGGAAAUUGUAGUUUGGGUCUGCCAAGAAGAGAAGAUUGUCUGUGGGUUAACUAAACGCACCACCUCUGCUGAUGUCAUCCAGGCUUUGCUUGAGGAACACGAGACUACAUUUGGAGAGAAAAGAUUUCUGCUGGGGAAGCCCAGUGAUUACUGCAUCAUUGAGAAGUGGAGAGGCUCAGAACGAGUUCUUCCUCCAUUAACGAGAAUCCUGAAGCUUUGGAAAGCUUGGGGAGAUGAGCAGCCCAAUAUGCAGUUUGUUUUGGUUAAAGCAGAUGCUUUCCUUCCAAUUCCCUUGUGGCGGACAGCUGAAGCCAAAUUAGUGCAAAACACAGAAAAACUGUGGGAGCUCAGCCCAGCAAAUUACAUGAAGACAUUACCACCAGAUAAACAAAAAAGAAUAGUCAGAAAAACUUUCCGGAAACUGGCUAAAAUUAAGGAGGACUCGGUUUCCCAUGAUCGAGAUAAUAUGGAGACAUUAGUUCAUCUGAUCAUUUCCCAGGACCAUACUAUUCAUCAGCAGGUCAAGAGAAUGAAAGAGCUGGAUCUGGAAAUUGAAAAGUGUGAAGCUAAGUUCCACCUUGAUCGGGUAGAAAAUGACGGAGAAAAUUAUGUUCAGAAUGCAUAUUUAACGCCCAGUUUCAGUGAGGCUGAGCAAAAUCUAGACUUGCAGUAUGAGGAAAACCAGAUUCUGGAGGACCUGAGUGAAAAUGAUGGAAUUGUACAACUGGAAGAACAACUAAAAUAUUACAGGAUGCUCAUUGAUAAGCUCUCUGCUGAAAUAGAAAAAGAGGUAAAAAGUGUUAGCAUUGAAAUAAAUGAGGAUACAAAGGGGGCAGCUGCAAAUGAACUGGAAAGCUCUAAUUUAGAAAGUGUUAAGUGUGAUUUGGAGAAAAGCAUGAAAGCUGGUUUGAAAAUUCACUCUCACUUGAGUGGCAUCCAGAAAGAGAUUAAAUACAGUGACUCAUUGCUUCAGAUGAAAGCAGAAGAAUAUGAAUUGCUGGCCAAGGAGUUUAAUUCCCUUUACAUUAGCAACAAAGAUGGAUGCCAGCUACAAGAAAGCAGAGGGAAGGAAUCCAAGGUUCCCAGCAGCAGUGGUGAAGUUCCUCCCUUUGCUCAAAGGGUAUUUAACAUGUAUACAAAUGACACAGACUCGGACACUGGUAUCAGUUCUAAUCACAGUCAGGACUCAGAAACAACUGUAGGAGAUGUGGUGCUGCUGUCAACAUAAUUUGAAUGGCUUCUUUCUGACCUGCUUUAAUGUUGUUCAUGUUUGUUUAAUUUAAUAGCAAACUUUAUGUUAAGUCUAACUUUCUGAAAAAAAUAUAAAUCGUGUUGUUCAGUAGUUUAAAAAAACUAGAUAAAUUUGUUGUUUUUGA